UUCGUUAAAUAAAAAGUCUCGAUUUUUCUUUAAGAUGGAUCUAAUAUUAGAGUUACCUAAACAAAUACAAAAAUUCUUGUUCAAAAAAGAGCAAGAAUAUGGUCAGCUGAAGUUUAUUUUAUCUCAGGCCACAGAUGAGACUUCAUGUUUCGUCAAUGAAUUGUUAGAAGCCCUUACAAAUAUUAUUAAACAAUUCAAUAUAUAUGAUAUCAGAAUGUUCUAUGAGAAUGACAGUUCUAAACCAUGUAUCAACAUCUCACCAGGUGUUAUUAGCUGUUACAACUAUUUUUUGUUGAACACUAAUUUUCAGUCACAGUCUCUUCUUACAGAGGAUUUGAUGCUUGGCCAUAUAGUUCAUUCUUGGCCUACUUUAUCACCAUAUCUCUUUGUACAGGUAAUUUGGCGCAUAAAGUGUGAGGACUUACUGAUUGAAUCGCUCAUGCAUUUACCAUUGGAUCUAUGCGUGGAUAUUCUGGAUAUAACUAUCAGAUGUAUAAACGAUCUGGAAAUUCUACGAGCCAAACGCUUUGUUUUCAUUCUGAUAUCAAAAUUGUAUUACAGAUGCCUGUGGCUGCACUUUGGCAUGCUGUCAAAACGUAAUGUGACAGAGAUCGUCUCUCAAUUAGUAGCGCACUUUCAAGCAUUAUUAGAUGUUGUCAGCUCCAAAUUUGUCUCCCUCAAAUCAUCUAACCAGGAAAAAUAUCUGCAACAUGGUAUUCUUCUAAAAGACAUGCUUCGUUAUAUCAGAAUGUGCAUGCGCUAUAAGACUAAAAAUUUCCCGAUCAAAAAUGAUCGAUUGAAAUUGUUCGAGAUCACAUAUGGUAAUAAUGACGGCCGUACAGAUUGUUUUUGUAAGCUUUCUAUCGACAAGGUAAAAUCUAUUAUAGCAACACUGGAUCAAGAAUUGAUUAGUCUGCUUCUAAAUCAAAUCAAGCAGGUUGAUUGUUUGGAGUUUAUGGAUUGGGCAGAGGUCGAUGAUAAUGAGAACAUAAUGAUUUCGCUACAGCGAGCUAUUAUCAUCGAGUGUCACUGCUUUAUAGAGUUUAUGAAGCAGAAUGAAUUGUUGUCGACGAAUGAUCAUCUGCUUCACUGUCUAGAACAACUUGUAGGUCCAAAAAAACCUGAAGAGUCUGUUUUAAGUCUUGAAGAACUCUGUCACAGCAUUGAAAAUGGCAAAUUGGAUGAUAUGAAAGAAUUGAUGAAACAUUACAAAAAAUGGGAUCUGUCUGUAUUGCAGUUUAUAACCAGAAAAACAGAAUUAUUAAAUGUGCAAGAUAGUAGUACUGUACUUGAAUAUUUUCAUUAUAAAGUUGAACAUAUGAACAAUUAUGAAGAGAAUUACCAAAUCUACACAUUAGUAUUGAAGAUAUUGACAGAGCAACAGCUGUCGGAUAUGUAUCGUAUCGUACUACUAUACACAAUUCAGCACUUUCAUGACAAUCGAUUAACAUUCUUGUUCAAUAGUGAAUACUUCAAAACGUAUAUAGAAAGCAAUACAAAUAUAUCCGAACUUCAGGAAUUUCGUAUCAUUUUGAUCUUUGUUAUGUUGAAUCCGAAAGUAGUGUUAACUACUCUGGUGAGAAUUGCAGUAGGAAGUACUGAAACAGAAUACCGAAAUGUUAUGUUUAAAAAGCAUCAAACAUAUUUUCUUUAUGGGUUUUUCAUUGCGAAAUUAGACGAUCAUGAUAACUUAUUAACGUUUAUUCUGAAAAAUGUUUGGCUAUGUGAUAACUCUACGUGGUGUUAUAAACAAUUUGAAACUUUCAUGAAUGAUAUGCUUCAAAAAAAGGUAAUAACUCCGGACGAUCUGUUAAACAAUGUCUACAUUCCUUGCCUGAUCAAUAAAAUUUUCAAUUGUUCAAAUCUGCUCUCUAUAUUGAUACAUAUGUACUCUAUUCUAAAGAAAAAAAUCUGCACGCACAGAACAAAUUACGUAUUGCUAAUCACAGAAUUAAUCAAGAAAAUGUCGAUGUUAAGAAAAUCCAAUCCAGUGUAUUUGAGAAGCAUCGUAAACAAUUUAUUGGAUCGAGGAACAAUGAUAUUAAAUCUUAUAUUCGCUCGACCGAAUCUAUUAACGUUGAAAAAUCAGAGCGAAAUUAUGAUAAAAGUUAAUAACUUUGUGGAACCUAUCGAUCAAAUAUUAUUGGCUCCUUUGUUACAAAAAAUCCUACGCGGCACUGUGCAGGACGUAAUCCAGAACUAUGAAAGACGUUGCUCCAUCAUAUAUCAACUAAUAUACACGAAUUCGCAAGGUAAAUCCGAUUUUUUCAAAUUCAAUCAGAAAGCCUUAUUACAUCACAUGAUGCUGCAUGCCACCGAGGAAGAGUACAAGAAUUUUGCUAUCGAGAUGACGAUAGUAUCCUGGUCUUACUUUGGCUGGGCCAACGAACUAGAGGCGUAUGAGAAUGUAUUGCACAUUACUGCCGAGGCGAUGCAGCUCGCCUUAAUCUUUACAGAUACUUUUCCCAAAGAUUCAUUUGUUUCGCUUCUGCGUGCCCUCAUGCACUAUUGUAACACACUCUUACUUCUCAAGCACCAGAUGUACAACCAGGAAAUAUUUUUCAAUAUCCUAUCAAAGACUCUAUUCUCCUUGAAGAGUGCAAUCAACGAGACACAAUAUGGCAAGAUAUAUGACAAUUUGCUGGAGCAUAUCAACAAUAUGUCCGUCAAUGCAAAUUCUAGGAUUAAAGAUUAUUUUCGCAAGAUCAGCGAGUUAAUUGAAAUACACUUUGUACGAUCUGAAAAAAUCGAGAAUGAGAAUUCAGACAAUUUAGUAUAUACGAGUUUGUCGCAUCUCAUUUCUACUACAAAUGAAAUAAGUGACAUGUUCAAGGCGUACCAAUUCAUAUGUGAUUGUGUUGAUAAUAUAAUUCAUCUGAAAAAUAAAUAUUUCGUAACUGAUUACCGAACAAAGUGA